AUGGAAAGUUUUUCAGAGGAGGCCCUCCAACCGGUAGAGCUGUAUAAUGAGUUUUUGGAGUGGAUGGAGCAGCGUGAUUAUGGUGGUAACCGCGUGGUGGUGUGCACUUCCGGUCUCACGUCUGCGCCUCAACCUCAUACGGCGUAUCUACCCACACCUUACUCCCGAAGUUAUCCUCCAAGUGGCACCCGGUUUAUGACCGGGAAUCCUGGGAGUUCUAAUAGAAUUGGUAGUCCAAGUAAUAAUGGACCUCCUAUCAGUGGAGGUGCCAAGUUUUACCUGCUUCAAAUAGACCUCCACCUGGCACCGGCUAAUGAGGCACACCAAAUAGACUGGAAGAAGCAGAUCGAGCAGAUCGACCUUGAGCACAUAGAUCUUGAUGAUCUUGAUGGGCUUAUGGUGGAUGAUGAUGAUGAGGACGAGGAUGAGGUUGCCUGGAGGUUGGAUACAGAGGAGUUUCCACACAUCGGCUUAUUCCCCACCCUCACUCCCAGGGAGGAGAUGGAAGAUGAACAGGAACAGGAACAGGCGUUCCUAGACUCCCACCAACAAACUCAAUCCAAUCCAGUGGCCCCCGGGCUCUUCCCCCAAAUGGACCUCUCUGAUGAAUCCCAGUUUUCCAGUCUCGAUAUGCUCCCCCUCAACCCCAGCUACAUUAUGCCUUAAUUGGUAGAGCCAAUCUAAGUAACUGCUACCCCUACGACUAACGACCUGCUGACCGGUUCAGCCUAUGUAUCUUCAUAUUCAAUCUGAUAACCUAAACUAUAACCAGUCUUCUGCGAAAAGGCUGCACGGCAUUCUGUCGCGGAGGCGGAAUUCCCGCAUGGCAGAUCCCAGGAAGUCAGGGAGUCGACAGUAGAGAACUCUAACGCGCUGACUCAUUCCUUCCAUGGCACCCCGUUUCUUAUAUCUACGUGGUGUUCGGCAUUCGUACCUCACCUUCAAGGGGCC